UCUUCCCUCUUUCAACAAUUUUCCAAUCGCUGUCUCUUUCUCUCCCUCCAUAAUUCCGCAACCGGACCUUAAACAAAUGGGAAGUGCAGCUAACGGUGGCGCCGUUGAUAUGGAUACAUCCACCAGCAAUGGCAGCGUUUCCGUCGACAAGGGAGUCGAUUUCGCCAAUUAUUUCUGCACAUACGCCUUUCUCUACCACCAGAAAGAAAUGCUCUCCGACCGUGUUCGAAUGGACGCUUAUUACAACUCUGUUUUCAAGAACAAACACCACUUCAUCGGAAAAACUGUGUUGGAUGUAGGAACAGGGAGUGGCAUUUUAGCAAUUUGGUCAGCUCAAGCAGGUGCAAAGAAAGUGUAUGCAGUUGAAGCUACAAAAAUGGCAGAUCAUGCUCGUGAGCUUGUUAAAGCAAACAACCUCCAUGGUAUUGUUGAAGUCAUCGAAGGUUCAAUAGAAGAUAUAACAUUGCCUGAAAAAGUUGAUGUAAUCAUCUCUGAGUGGAUGGGAUACUUUCUCCUUCGCGAAUCCAUGUUUGACUCUGUUAUCUGUGCUCGUGAUCGUUGGCUAAAACCAACUGGAGUUAUGUAUCCUAGUCAUGCGCGAAUGUGGUUGGCACCUAUAAGAUCAGGAUUAUCAGAUCAUAAAAUGAGUGAUUAUGAAGGAUGUAUGGAUGAUUGGCAUGGUUUUGUUAAUGACACUAAAUCUUAUUAUGGUGUUGAUAUGAGUGUUUUGACAAAACCCUUUUCUGAAGAGCAAAAGAAGUAUUAUUUACAGAAUUCCCUUUGGAAUAGUCUUCAUCCAAAUCAAGUAGUGGGAACUCCUACUAUUUUAAAGGAGAUUGAUUGUUUAAAAGUAACUGUUGAAGAAAUACUCAAAGUUCAAGCAAUUGUUUCAUCAACAAUUGUUAAAGAGGACACUAGGCUUUGUGGCUUUGGUGGCUGGUUCGAUGUUCAUUUUAAAGGAAGAGAGGAAGAUCCAGCUGAGUGUGAGGUUGAGUUAACAACAUCUCCUAGUGUAGAUGAUGGCACACAUUGGGGACAACAGGUGUUUCUUUUGCAUCCACCUGUCCGUGUGAACGAAAAGGAUGAUAUCCAAAUCAAUUUUACAAUGAGUCGUUCUGAAGAAAACCAUCGUUUGAUGAAAGUUGAUCUUGGAUAUCAAAUUAAAUUGUCAUCCGGUAAGAUGUUGACACCUGUCAAUAACAAAUUCUAUAUCGAAUGAAGCUAAGGUCUCAAUGACACAAUGUCAAUUGACAUUUCAAAAGCAUGAAAGUUUCGUCUCUUUUCAUGUAAUUUAUGUUGUAUGCUAUUUGGUUCGUUUCUUGAUUUUGUCGUUUAAAAACCAUAAUUCGUUGUAAGCGUUAAAUGUUUUUGCUACGUAAUUGCAUUGUAUUUUUUUGUUA